AUGCUAGAGGCGGGACUAAGAUAUUAGCACUGUUGGUUGCGCGUAGUGAAGCACACUGUUGGCUUGUAAGGAUGGACACCAGGAUGUUACUCGUAUCUCAUCAACGCAAGAAUUACGGCUGAGAUUUUCACUUCAGCUGUACUAUUUUCUUCAGCUCUCAGUUGUCAAAGAUCUGGAUAUGAUGUGAGGACAUGUCUUGACAGAAGUAUAUAUAGUAUCAUAACAUUUGGCACAAUGUUUAGACAAAUGGACACAUCAUCUAAGAGGCGUGGGUUCAACCUGCCUCCUGCGUGUCAGCAGGGGCGUAUCCGGGCUGUAGAGGUAGCCAGAGGAAGAACUGGAUAUGGAUUUACUCUGUCAGGACAAAGUCCCUGUGUCCUUAGCUGUAUUCUUAAGGGCAGCCCAGCAGACUAUGUGGGACUGCGAUCGGGGGACUACAUUCUUUCUGUAAAUGACAUCAAUGUUUCUAAAGCUUCCCAUGAAGACGUAGUCAAACUCAUUGGCCGUUGUUCUGGUGUUUUGAAGUUGGUUAUUGCUGAGGGGGAAAGACCAAAACGACACCAUCACCAACGUAAUGCAGGUAGCCGGCAUCACAGCAGCAAUAAUGUGGCAGCAGCUUUUGUGGACUCCUGCUCCAGUGAUGAUGAGUUGGACUAUUUCUAUGAUAACAGCAUAAACAACAAUAACAAUAGUAGCAGGGCUGGGGCCAGAGCUGGUUGGUACAAGCCCAAAAUGGAUGCAAAAACUAUGGGCAUAAACAGAGCAGAGAAGGUAGUAGCUGAACUGCAAUCUGGGGGUAUUUUCAACAUGAUUUUUGAAAAUUCCAGCCACUCAUCCAGCAGUUCAGACAAAGAGAGGGUCACAUCCGUAUCCAAACCACGUCCACUCUCUGAUCUGGAGUAUCCCCCUUAUUGCCCACGUUCCCAUAGCAACCCAAACUUACUGUCUGAGGAGGAGAUGGCCCAGGUUGUCAAUGAUGAGGCCUUUUUUCUGGACACAGACUUCAGACAUCUUCACCUCCAUCAGCAAGAGGGGGAUGUGGGAAAUGGAGGGGACUUGGGCAUAGAGUCAAAUGAGGGCAUCCUAAAUGUAGGGAUGAUUGUUGGAUAUCUUGGAUCCAUUGAGCUAGCUUCCACAGGAGCUAGUUUAGAGAAUGACAGUUUACAGGCCAUCAGAGGGAGCAUGAGGCGACUUCGAGCUGAGCAAAAGAUCCACUCUUUGGUAAUGAUGAAGGUCAUGCAUGACAGUGUCCGUCUGUGCAGUGACAGGAAGCAGAUCUUGGCCAUGUAUCCCGCAGAAAAACUGGCCUUCAGUGCGUGUUGUCCAGAUGACCGUAGAUUCUUUGGGCUGGUCACAAUGCAGGCCUCAGACGACCAGGAUGACCGAUACUUUAACACUAACAGAGAUGAUGAGAGUGGUUUAAGAACAUCUUGCCAUGUUUUUAUUGUGGAUCCAGAGCUCUGCCAGCACCAGGUUCACCUGAGUAUUGCAUGCAGGUUUGGCUUUGAGUGCACCCCAGACCCUGACACAGGGGGCUGCCUUGAAUUUCCUCCCAGCUCUCAGCCUCUUCUGCAGUUUGUUUCUGUGCUGUAUCGAGACAUGGGUGACAAUAUUGAAGGUGUGAGGGCGCGGGCCUUUCAGGAUCCUGACAAUGACGCCCAACAAAACCACAGCACAAGCAGCAACAGUGACAGUGGCAUUGGCAAUUUUCUACCUGAGGAAAAGAGCAACAGGGUGCUCUUAGUCGACCUUGGCGGACCUCCUGCUAACAACUAUGUCCCAGGACCCCGUCACUGGGACAGCCCCCCGUCAUCUCAGCAGGCCUGGAGCCCGACCCUCGGAACAACGGCACACCCCCCUCCACCCCCUCCUGUGGCUCUGAGGAAUGGUCACUAUCGCCAUGACUCCCACCUGGCCGACCUCCCUCACCCGCUGCCCCUGUCGCACCAUGAAAUGCCCCGAAGAGGGGUCCACCCACAUCACUUUUCCCCAGGGAUACGUGGAGGAGCAGUGGGAGGAGCUAUGGGAGGGGCGGAGCCUCAACGAUGGCUACCAGUCCAUGUGCUGAGAGACUGGAGGCAACAGCACCACCUCGGCCUGAGCAGUGACCAGGAGUCCUACGCAGAGUCCACGGACGGAUGGUCUUCAGCCAAUUGCAGCACCCUGCCCCCACCCAUGAGUAAAAUCCCAGCUGACCGCUACAGAGCCCCACUGGCCCCUGGGGACCACCUGCCACCUCCGCCUCCCCCUCCACAGACUCACAGCCACCGGCUGGCUGCUCAGAAAGAUGAGUGGGCUAAGAAACUGUUUGGUGACAGAGACAGACCUACGGCUGACAGAGGGGACAGAGAUAAGAAGCGAGGAAAUACCAAGGAAGGAGAGAAAAAGGGGAGUCGAUUUCGUGGCCUGACCAUGGGUUUUCCUCCUCUGCCCCAGCGUUCCUCUGCCCGCCGCUCCUUUGGCCGCUCCAAACGCCUCAGCCUGGCCCGCUCGCUGGAUGACCUGGAGUCUGCUGCAGUUUCCGAUGGAGAGCUGAACAGUGUGGAGCUGCAGGGCUGCAGUAGUGACAACAGUCUGAACAGUAAUGCCAGUCUGCCCAGCGUCCAGAGCCACCGGCGCCACACUGACCGCAGAGUGGCGAGCUGGGCCGUGUGCUUCGAGAGACUGCUGCAGGACCCCGUGGGAGUGCGAUACUUUUCGGAGUUCCUAAAGAAAGAGUUUAGUGAAGAGAACAUCUUGUUCUGGCAGGCCUGUGAGUUCUUCAGUCAUGUCCCUGAGAAUGACAAGAAGCAGCUGUCUCAGCGUGCACGAGAGAUCUACAACAGCUUCCUGUCGAGUAAAGCCACGACUCCAGUGAACAUCGAUAGUCAGGCUCAGCUUGCCGAUGACAUCCUCAAUGCCCCGCGCCCCGACAUGUUCAAGGAGCAACAACUGCAGAUAUUUAAUCUAAUGAAGUUUGACAGCUACACCCGGUUCCUGAAGUCCUUGCUCUAUCAGGAGUGUAUGCUAGCGGAGGUGGAGGGCAGGCCCCUACCAGACCCCUAUCACAUCCCCAGCAGCCCCACGUCGAAGCACAGCACCACAGGAUCGGACCGCUCUAACCUCUCCACCCCCAAGAAGGAGGACAAAAAGAGCAAGUCAGGCCGCUCUCUGAACGAGGACAGCCGCGAUGAUGGAGCAGACAGGAAGAAGGGCAUGUUCUUCUCCUGGUCACGCAACAGGAGCUUUGGAAAAGGCCCAAAGAAACGGGAGCUGGCCGAUCUCAACUACAAUUAUUCUGGGAGCAAUGGACGGCGAGAAUCUCAGGGCUCUCUUUCAUCAGGAACAAGUUUAGAGCUUGGGACAUCGGGAUCAGGAAAAAAUGAGGUGGAUACGUCUCGUGGUGCAGAGAGAGGAGGAAGCAGCGCCCCCUUGAGGCAGUGUAACAUAAGCCUGCCUGACGGCUCAUGUUGCUCUGUGCCCCUGAGAUCUGGAGUGUCUAUCAGAGAUCUGAUGCUGGGACUCUGUGAGAAGCUUUGCAUCAACCUGGCAGCUAUAGACCUCUUUCUGGUGGGAGGGGAAAAGCCAUUGGUUUUGGACCAAGAUUGUAUGACCCUGUGCUCUCGAGACCUCCGCUUAGAGAAACGCACUCUUUUCAGACUUGAUUUAGUCCCCAUUAACCGUUCAGUGGGAUUGAAGGCAAAGCCCACCAAACCAGUGACUGAGGUCCUCAGGCCUGUGGUGGCCAAAUACGGCCUACACCUCUCAGACUUAGUUGCACAUAUUAGUGGGGAGUCAGAGCCGUUAGAUUUAGGUCUUCCUAUUUCCAAUCUUGAUGGACUACGGGUGGUAUUAGAUGUAGCAGAUCAAUUUCCUGGGAAAGAUAAGCAAAAAGUAGGGCCUUCUAAGAGCCAUGCCCCUGCCUCAACAAGCAGAAAUCAAUCAACAACAGGGGAGGACAGGCCUUCAGGGAAAGCCGGUUCAGCCCAUUCCCAUGGGGAGAACGGCAAAGCUCGGCCAAGCUCUGAUACAAGCAGCCAGCCUUUACCCAACCACUCUGUCUCUCUCCUUAAGGCUCCGGAGAAAAGAAAGCAGAAAAAGAUUAAUAUAGACGAAGCUGAAGAGUUCUUCGACCUCAUAUCCAAAGCUCAGAGUAACCGAGCAGACGACCAGCGAGGCCUGCUAAACAAGAGCGACUUGCAGCUCCCUGACUUCCUGCGCCUGUCGCCAACGGAGCCUAGUAGCUCCACCCCUAACUCCCGUCACCCCAACAACGGCAGCUUUCCCAGCAGUGCCCGCCGCGGCAAUAAGGCCAACGGCAGUGACAAAGGCGGAGGGGGCACGCACUUGCUCAAUGCGAGCCAUCAGUCCCAGAGCCUGGACUCUGCACUGGGCAACGGCAGUGGGGGAGGGAGGAGAGGUAGAGCCCCCCCCCCAUUCCCAGGCAACAUCUCACCCAUCCACCCGCCACAGGGCAACCAGCGCCACUCGGCUCUGCUGCAGGACUCUCACAGGGGGGAGUCUGUGCAGAUGUUGGAGGAGGACACCUUGUCUGACCUGACUCUAGUGGGAGAAGGGGACAUAAACAGCCCUAGCCUCAACUACGUCACUCCUUCCGCCCUACAGUGCAAACCCCCCUCACACCCUCCACACCAAGCACAGGACACUAGACCCAGCUCAGGCAAGGACAGAGACCGCUGGAAAGGAAGUGGCCGGGAUAGUGGAGAUUAUAAAGUUUACAAUCGAAGAGCUACAUCUUACAAACCCUCUCCUUCCCCUCCACCUGCCCCACCCCCCCGUGCACCUGUCCGCUCCCGCCGCAAGUCAAAGUCCCCCACAUCCAGAUCACAUGCUUCAAAACGGGCCUUGGAUUUGGACAAGAUAGGGAACUUGUCUGAUUCUGAAGACAAACUCAAGCCAUCGCGAAGGGGGUCCCGGGACCUCCGAUGCUACCAGGGGUACUCUGAGCUGGACAGGAAGUGGGAGGGUGUAGCCAUGGAGCUGCGGGGGCGUGGAAGCAGGAUGAGGUCAGCGGUGUACCAGACUUCAGACAUGCCCUCCAUGGUCCAAGCCAAGAGACAUUCAGACCCCAAUGAGGUCAAAGGACAUGUAGACCGUGCAACAUUAAAAGCCACGUUUGUUUAAAGUAGGGUAUGUCUUUCACUGCUGCAGCUGGUUCACUUUCCGCCCUCAGAGGAUACUAUUAGGAAGACAGCACAGAGAUACAACUCAUGUGUGUGGAAUAAGUUUCACAUUCACGCAGUACAGACAAAUGUGUAUGGUGUACCCUGGGAGAAUGAAUGCAGUAUUAAUGUCACAAAAAUUUUUUACUUCAAGGGACAAAUAUCUAAAUACACAGUAAUAAUGCAACUUUGUAAAAUUUUUAUUGUACAUAAUCUAA